AUUGGCUGCCCGCGGUCACGUGGGAGAUCCCCCAGUUUUGCAGCAGACGGAGGCAGGACAGUGCUCCGCAGAACAUAGUGCAGCCCGGGACCGGGAUUACCGGGAUCUCCGCUGUCUGCUGCAGUGCUGUGCCGGGGACAGACAUUACCAGCACACGGGGGUGAAGUUCCACCUUAAUCCCAUACGCCAUGACCGCUAAAUCCACCAUUAGUAAGGAGGUCUUCUCUCCCCAAGACGAGCGCAUGCUGGGGGCUGUGCUCGUGAAACGAAGGACCAAGAAAAAAAUUCCGUUCCUAGCAACAGGAGGUCAAGGAGAAUACCGCACAUACAUUUGCUUAUCAGUUACAAAUAAGAAACCCUCCCAAGUCUACAUUACCAAGGUAAAACAGUUCGAGGGCUCAUCUUCUUUCGUGAGAAGAUCUCAGUGGACUCUAGACCAGCUCCGACAAGUAAACGGUAUUGACCCUAAUCGGGAAUCUCCAGAAUUUGACCUUCAGUUUGACAAUGCGGCUGAUCAAUGGAUGGCAAGUUCUGGCUCCGAGAAAUUUACUUUCUUCCAAAUCCUGCAUCACACGUGUCAGCGAUAUCUCUCGGACAGGAAGCCUGAGUUCAUCAAUUGUCAGUCCAGACUGUUCUCAGGCAACAGUAUACUUCACUCAGCUGCCGACAGUGUAACUAGUGCUGUACAGAAAGCCAGCCAAGCCCUGAAUGAGCGCGGUGAGCGCCUCGGCCGCACAGAAGAAUCGACAGCGGAAAUGAUGAACAGUGCGCAACAGUUUGCAGACACUGCUCACAAGCUUGCCAUGAAACAUAAAUGCUGACACUCUCGACUGGGAAGCAGCGUCCAUACCUAUUUCCCCUGCCGAACUGUAUAUGCCAAAACCUCAGCACAAGGUUAUUAAUAAAAAAUAAAAUAAAAAAUAUCUUUGUUUUGAAUGGGACACCUACUGACUUCUUCCUGCCUCUCAUGUCGUGCUUCUCCGGCACAAGUGAUGCCAAUGCAACAGAACCCGAGAACUCUGGGAAUUACAUGCAGGGUACAGCAGCUUCCAGCAUCCGCUCCAAUGUUAGUAAUGCACGGACAUCACCUGGAACAUUAUUAUUAAGUAUUCGGAAGACGCUGCACCUUAAGGAAAGCCCUCGAGGCAGAACUUUGGAAAUGUGGGCAACUUAAAGUUGUUGAAUGAAGAUAACACUGUUUACUGUGAUCCAAAAAGCUUCUCUAAUGUGAAUGUGCACUAUGCCACUCCGGUGGCUGGUUAUGGAGAGGAUGGUGCUCCUUCAAGUGCCGACACAAGCGACUUCUUUACAUGUCUGGUUCCGAACCCUAAGUGUCUAGUGGCAGUAUUAAGCAGCUUUGCACAGACAAGCACUUACACAUUGUUUGCAUUGCCUUUCUGUGUGUCACUGGACACUGUGGUUCUUUUUCACCUUUUUAUGGCAGAUUUUAACAUGGUUUUAGCGGGUUUUUUUUUGGUUCAUCUUCCCCCGUCCAGCUCCAGUCUUUCAUGCCAGUAUUUGUAGGGCUGGCGUAUUUUUAACAUUUCCAUAUGUUUUAAUUUUAAGCCAUGUUGCAUAAUAAUAUUCCAAGCAAUAAAAUGUUUACGGAUACUGUC